GGUCUGUGCGGACCGCUAUAGAGAACUAACGGAGAUGGUUGUACUGAGGCACUGAGACAGCUUGUGGUGGAUCAGCGGCUGGGAAAAUGUCUGCCAGCGCCGUAUAUGUUCUGGACCUGAAGGGCAAGGUCCUAAUAUGCCGCAACUAUCGGGGGGAUGUGGAUAUGUCGGAAGUAGAGCACUUCAUGCCAAUUUUAAUGGAGAAGGAAGAAGAAGGUGCGCUCUCCCCUAUAUUGGCCCAUGGAGGAGUCCGCUUCAUGUGGAUUAAGCACAACAACUUGUAUCUUGUGGCAACAUCCAAGAAGAAUGCCUGUGUAUCUUUGGUGUUCUCCUUUCUCUACAAAGUGGUUCAGGUAUUUUCUGAAUACUUCAAAGAAUUAGAAGAAGAAAGUAUCCGUGAUAAUUUUGUCAUUAUUUAUGAGUUGUUAGAUGAAUUAAUGGAUUUUGGCUAUCCUCAAACUACAGAUAGCAAAAUCUUACAAGAGUACAUUACUCAAGAAGGUCACAAGUUAGAAACUGGUGCCCCCCGCCCACCCGCCACUGUCACAAAUGCUGUAUCUUGGAGAUCAGAGGGGAUUAAAUAUAGGAAGAAUGAAGUUUUCCUGGAUGUUAUUGAAUCUGUAAACCUACUGGUCAGUGCUAAUGGAAAUGUAUUGCGCAGUGAGAUAGUUGGCUCUAUCAAAAUGCGUGUUUUUCUCUCAGGAAUGCCAGAACUUCGACUUGGGUUAAACGAUAAAGUUCUGUUUGAAAAUACUGGACGUGGCAAGAGCAAAUCUGUGGAGCUAGAAGACGUGAAGUUCCACCAGUGUGUUCGGUUGUCCAGAUUUGAAAAUGAUAGGACCAUAUCCUUCAUCCCUCCUGAUGGGGAGUUUGAACUAAUGUCUUAUCGCUUGAACACACAUGUGAAGCCUUUGAUCUGGAUUGAAUCUGUAAUAGAAAAACAUUCCCACAGUCGCAUAGAAUAUAUGAUAAAGGCAAAAAGCCAAUUUAAGCGCAGAUCCACAGCUAACAAUGUGGAAAUUCAUAUUCCAGUACCGAAUGAUGCAGACUCGCCUAAAUUCAAGACCACUGUCGGAAGUGUGAAAUGGGUUCCGGAAAACAGUGAGAUUGUCUGGUCAAUUAAGUCUUUUCCGGGAGGCAAAGAAUAUCUUAUGAGAGCUCAUUUUGGCCUCCCAAGUGUUGAGGCAGAGGAUAAGGAAGGCAAACCUCCAAUAAGUGUGAAAUUUGAAAUCCCAUACUUUACCACUUCUGGAAUUCAGGUUCGUUACUUAAAGAUCAUUGAGAAGAGCGGUUAUCAGGCCUUGCCAUGGGUGCGAUAUAUAACACAGAAUGGAGACUACCAGCUUCGAACACAGUAAGAACAACCUUGAUCUUCUAUCAUCACAUAGCUAUAGUUAGUUAAAACAUUAACGGUAACCUGGUCACUUCACUUUGGAAUACGGAAGAAAUUGAAGAUGAGGACCCUGUUGGAAGACCCUAUUUAAGAUAACAAAGACCACAUUACAGUUAAUUAUCAUAGAAUAUUAAUUUUGAAGAAACAAUGUUACAGUUGGUUAUCAUGCAAUAUGUGUGUGCCACUUUCUGGGAAUGCAUUAUAUUUAUGUGUCAUUUUCUCGUCUAUUAAAGGUGAACUGUCAAAGGACCAAA